CGAGCUCAGCCCUGCAGCCGGAGGGCUCCUGCCCUCACGCAGGCGAAGGGACGCAGCGCAGCCACUGAGCGGCCAGGACCCGGGCGGGGAGGAAGAGGAGGAGCAGCAGCAGGAGGACCCGGACCGGGACCCCGGUGCCGCUGACAUGGUCGCGCUGCUUGCGCGCCGCGCGCUCCUGGCCGCCGCCCUGGGCCCCGCCAGCCGCCGGCGGCUCCCCCGUCACCAUGCUUCAGCGGCGGCGCGGCUCUCCUCGGGCGCGGGGGGCGAGCCGGAGGCCCAGGGUCGGGGCGGGCCCACCCCUAUGCUUCGGCACCUGCUGCUCAAGCUGCGGGCCACCGGGCCGGUGACGGUCGCCGAGUACAUGCGGGAGGCGCUCACCAACCCCGGCCAGGGUUACUACACGCGUCGCGGCGGCAUCGGCGAAAGCGGGGAUUUCAUCACCUCCCCUGAAAUAAGUCAGGUAUUUGGAGAGCUAAUAGGAAUAUGGUGCAUUAGUGAAUGGAUGGCCACAGGCAAACCUAAAGCAUUCCAGCUGGUGGAACUGGGCCCAGGGAGGGGCACUCUGACUGAUGAUAUAUUACGGGUCUUCAGCCAGCUUGCUUCUUUACUUAGUAAAUGUGAUAUCUCUAUUCAUCUGGUAGAAGUGAGUCCCAAACUCAGUGAGAUGCAAGCACUGAUGCUGACAGGAGGCAGGGUGCAGCCAGACCCCCAAGAUGAGUCUGCUUACAUGAAAGGCAUUACCAAGACUGGGGUUCCCAUUUUCUGGCAUAGAGACAUUCAAGAUGUGCCCCCAGGUUACAGCUUUUACUUAGCACACGAGUUUUUUGAUGCCCUGCCAAUACAUAAGUUUCAGAGAACAGGGAAAGGCUGGCGUGAAGUGUUGGUUGAUAUAGACCCAGAAGUGCCUGACCAGCUGCGGUUUGUCCUCUCACCAUCCAGUACCCCUGCAACAGAAAACUUUAUUCAGCCUGAAGAAACAAGAGACCAUGUGGAAGUGUGUCCUGAGGCUGGUGUCAUCAUUCAGAGGCUUGCCUGUCGUCUGGAAAAGGAUGGUGGGGCUGCACUGGUUGCUGAUUAUGGUCACGAUGGAACCAAAACAGACACUUUCCGGGGUUUCCGGAAUCACAAACUCCAUGAUGUGCUGAAAGAUCCAGGUACAGCAGACCUGACAGCAGACGUUGAUUUCAGCUAUCUGCGAAAGAUGACCCAGGGCAAGGCAGCCACACUGGGGCCCAUAAAACAGCGGGAGUUCCUAAAAAACAUGGGCAUUGACCUCCGCCUGCAGGUUCUCUUGCAGAAUUCACACGACCCAGCAACUCGUGAACAGCUACUUCAGAGCUAUGAUAUGCUGAUGAAUCCCAAGAAGAUGGGGGACUGUUUUAACUUUUUUGCCCUGCUGCCUCACCACAGACUUGCACAAACUGACAGGAAACAUAAGCCAGAAUCAAAGUCUCCCUUACCACCUGUUGCUGGAUUUGGUGAACUCUCACUGACAUGAUUUCAAGUAUCACAGCAAAAUGUCAGAUUGUUUUUUUAAUAAGUUGCUAUUGGAGGUUACAACUAAGUCCUAUGUUUUAUGUUUUCACCUGUGGUUUUGCAAUAAUGUAAUCAGCGUAUAGCUACCCAUGCAAGUUAAGUACUAAAUAUUUUGAUUUCUUUUUGAACUGAAAGCACAUGAAGUGUGUUAUUUCUUCAGGCAGUUUUAUCACCUCAAUCUACACUCCCAGGCCUGGCCACAUUUUGGUAUGGAGUGCUACUUAUUUCAGAGUAAAUCCUAGUGCUGCACACUAGAUGUUGCUGACUGACUUGCUACCUAAAGCAGUACACAUAGAAACCAACACUACACACACAGAAGCCAUUGUAGACAGAGCAGAGGAUGAACAAUUUUCAGGGCUCUUACAAUAGUGCUGAGUGAAAUGAUUGUUAAUGGAAUUGAGUUAAAACUUGUUAGUAACAAUCAGAUGUCCUAAGGAGACUUUAAAUGUACUCAGGUUUAGUACUUGCUUAAAAUACAAGAUUCCUUGACAUUUUUUAAAGUUAUUUUUAUAAAGAGAAUGGUGGCAUGAACCAUGUGAACAGACUUAGUAGUUCCAAAGCACCUGCAGGACACAUCUAAUGAUGGCUCCACAAACAAGGAAGCAUAAAGAAACACCUGGUUGUAGGAACACUUAAAAUGAAAGAAGUCAUGUAAAUAAAAAGAACAAGUCUGAUAGGGAAAUAAAUUUUAUUUUCAAGCUUAUCAGAAGAUAUUUACAAACAAUGGGAUUGUAUAAAAAUAUAAAAGUACUUGACA